AUGACCUUGGAUAGAAAUGUUGUUCAAGUUUGGGAUUAUAUUACUCUCGUAUCAAAUACUCUUAAUAUAGUAAUGAACAAUAUUUCUUAUUGUUAUAGUGGAAAGUUAAAUAAUGCUGGAGG